CAGUACUGCAGGAGGCAGGACCAGGCACUAUAUAAAAGUUCCUAUUCUGCUGAGCCCUGCAAUCCACAUCCUUUGUUGAGUCUUGCUGAAGACAGGUCCUGCUAUCCACCCUAGGAUGUCAUUUAAUGAACAACAGUGCAAGCAGCCAUGUGUGCCUCCUCCAUGUCUUCAAAAGACCCAAGAGCAAUGCCAGGCAAAGGCUGAGGAGGUAUGCCUCCCUUCAUGCCAGGAUCCCUGCCAAGAGAAGUGCCCAGUGCAAGUUCAGGAGGUGUGUCUUCCUCAGUGCCAGGAGUUAAACCAAGAGAGCUGCCCACAGCAAGUCCAAGACCAAUUCCCACCUCAGUGUAUAGAGCCAUACCAGGAGCUAUCUCAGACAAAAUGUGUGGAAGUUUGUCCACAGAAAGUUCAAGAAAAGUGCUUAUCCCUCAACAAGGGAAAGUAGGGUCUCAUAAUGCCAUCUUGAGUCAAGAAGAUGCCCAACAGAUGAAAACCAAAUCCAAGCCCAUGCAAUGGUAGCCUCCACCUGUGGUUACCUCUCUGUGCACUUUCUUCUUGCUGCCUGGCUUCUUCAGUAUUCCAGGACUGGGUCUGUUGUCUCUGAAGACAUUUUUUCUCUGCAUUUCAUCAAUCUCUGUGAAUAAGUAUUGUUUUCAGCAGUCUAGUGGAAAGUAGAAACUGUAGGAAGAGUGCUGUUGUAAGGGAAGACCAUAGAAACAUCAUUCAGCUUCCAUGGGGCAUGAACUCACCCAGCCCUGAGUGUGUAACAGCCAAGAAUCAUGCUUCCAUACAUCAUUCAGAGCAUCAGCCUCUACUCGAGCCUCAAAACAAGUUGACUUUUGAUGGACUUUGCACUGAUUACCACCACCACCACCAUGAAUACUGAGAAGAGGUUGGUGGUGUUAUAGAAAUAAAAACUUGGGUCACUUUGUCUAUGCAUCCUAAAAAGGAAAUGCAAAUGAUUGGACAUUGGAAUGUUAGUUGUGCUUUUAAAAAUGAAACAAAAGCAUAUAAUGAUUUAAUCCAAACAGCCAAUAAGGACAGAUGAGAUGGGGUGUCUGGGGUCCUGAUUGAUCUUGUGCUUGAUGGCUGGUUUGCUUUGGGCCCUAUAAUUUCAUAUUACAUGCUUUAGAGAUGUGAUUUGUGUCUGUGUGGUGCAAUCUGGGCUGUUCUCCAGCUUCAUUGUUUUCUUCCCCCUGGUGAAGGUAAAAUAUUAAAUAAAACUGAUCCCAAGGCUGAA